GUGAUUAUUAAACGUCAAAAUCAUAAACAAAUAUUUCUAGAAAAAACCUUAUAAAUCUUAACUUAUUGACAUGGCUGGGGCCUUAGCUUCGUCAACAUCAUCUGCAGUUGAAUUAAGUUCGUAUAGAGAUCAACAUUUUAAGGGGUCCAGAGCUGAACAAGAUAAACUUUUACGUCUCUCCACCACUUUGUACGUUGGAAAUCUCUCCUUUUUCACCACCGAAGAACAACUCUACGAGUUAUUUUCAAGAUGUGGUGAUAUUCGUAGGAUUAUAAUGGGUUUAGAUAAAUAUAAGAAAACUCCGUGUGGAUUUUGUUUCGUUGAGUAUUAUAAUCGAGCCGAUGCUGAAAAUUGUUUAAGAUACGUUAACGGGACUCGAUUAGAUGAUAGGAUUGUACGUACUGAUUGGGAUGCUGGGUUUAUUGAAGGUAGACAAUAUGGAAGAGGAAAAACUGGGGGACAAGUUCGUGAUGAAUAUAGGACUGAUUAUGACUCGGGGAGAGGUGGUUAUGGGAAGAUAAUUGCUCAAAAACUUGUCCCUGAACCACAUUUUGGACGAUAAAAAGAAGAUAUUUAGAUUUAAACAUUUAACAAAUAAUAAUAAUUUAAUUUUAUAUAAAAAAGCCUUUUAU